UAGGACAGUUAUCAAGCCGUUGUGGGAGAAGGUGAGAGAGGUAAUCAAAGAAGAUGCUCGAGAGACGACUGGGCAAGAGGCGGUUGUGAACGGGCACACCGAGAGGAGAAGAGGCUACCAGUGUUUUUGGGGAGCCAAAUGGACUGUGUUCCUGGCUGAUCAGCUCAUCAAUGAUUGUUUCUUUUCAUAGCUAUGUACUUGCACGCAUGCGGUAUGUCUCUGUUCGAUUGGUUAAGUCUUAUCGAGCUAUCUCAAGCCAAGUUGACCGCUUGAGGCACGUCCGUAAUAAUCAUAGGCACUCUCGCGGUCUUCUCAACUGAUAACGCGGAAGAAAGGCCCGUAUCAAUACGCUCGGCGGCUCAUUCUACUUGAUCCAUAAGACGUUUCCUGAUCCUGAUAAAAUCCUCGAUGGUUUUGAUUCGCACCAUUGAUGUGUCACCUUCCAUGGUAAACUGCUCAUGUGCAUGGGCAUCAGACUAUCAACAGCUCAGUGGACUGUACCACUGCCCUCAUACAGGCGCUGUGAUCACGAGAACAGCUACUUUGGACGGUUUUGAAGAAGAUGAAAGCCAUACAGUAGCGUUCAUGAAGGACUCCCUUUCGUCCCUUAAUUCGUACGGAUAUUCUCCACAUCCAUUGUAUGCAUAUCUCGCAUGGAUUCAGGAGUUAUUAGAAAAAGGAUUGUCUCCCAAACCAUUCAUAAUCAGCAUCACAGAGUCUAGCGCCGAGAGGCUUUCCGAAAUGUUAGUCACGAUACAACAGUUCCGCGCGUCAAAUUCCACAUGGCGCUCUCGCAUCGCUGUCGAGUUUAACUCUAGCUGCCCAAAUAUCAAAGGUCAUCCUCCGCCCUCAUACCACCUUCCUUCUCUCAAGCCAUAUCUCGACGUCUUCGCAAAGGCUUUCCAAGAUGACUCAACGCUUACAAUCGGGCUCAAGCUCCCGCCGUACAUCAUAACAACCCAAUUUCAUGAUCUCAUCGAAUGCAUAUCGUCUUACACCCGCACCGAUUCUGGUAACCCCACAAACCCCAUCGCCUACUUCACGUGCACAAACACCCUCGGGAACAGCCUCGUCUUUGCUGAUCAGACCCCCACCCCAGAUGCAAAGACAGACACGUCCCCGUUUGCCGUGCCUCCAGGUUUGGGUGGCCUCGCAGGCGAGGCUAUUCAUGCUCUCUCCUUAGGGAAUGUGUACACCUUUUCGCGACUUCUCGCGGAGUCAGAUGACCCGGCGAUGCGGGAAAUUGUCAUCAUUGGCGCUGGGGGCGUGACAUCCCCAGAGGCUGUUCGACGGAUGAAUCGUGCCGGUGCAAGGAUCGUAGGUUGUGCGACGUUGUUGGGUAAAGAGGGCGUCAGAGCCUUUGAGAUCUUGUCUGGAAACUUGUGAAUGGGUUUGUGGUUGGCAAAGGUUACAUUCCGACGUCCGUAUGUCCUUCAAAGAUGGUUUGAGGAGUCAGAUGACCCGGCGAUUUGGAAAAUUGUCAUCAUUGGCGCUGGGGGCGUGACAUCCCCAAGGCUGUUUGGAUGAAUAUUAAUCGUGCCGUUGCGAGGAUUGUAGGUUGUGCAAGAUGUGUCUUCAUAUUUUGUUCCGUCAGAAAAUGAUACAGAUAUGAUACCUGAUCAAUCUAAAUUACAUAAUGUGCAAAAAUACAGCUAGAAAUGACUCACAAUUCUUGACUAGUAGGAGAUGCAACUUU